UUUAACUAAUUUUAAUGUUUUGUUACUUGAUGUCUUCCUAUUUGCCUUUAAUGUCUUUUAAUGUAAUUUUAUGGCCCUGUUUAGCACUUUGAGUUGCCCUGUGUCUGAAUUGUGCUAUACAAAUAAACUUGCCUUGUUUUUUCUUCAAAUCUUUAACAUAUAUAUCUUAGGUCACUUUUAUUCGUGAAUAUGCUUAAUAUAUAUUAAACAAGUGAAUUAAUCCUCUUCUGGUUUGUAGGUUGUCUGUUUUGUUUAUGUGACUUGACUAAUAUUUGUUUAUGAUUUUUAAAUAUGAUAAGCAUGUGGCCCUUUGAAAAACAUCUAUUUUUUUUCUUGAAAUAGGUUGCAACAUAACUGGAUAAAUUACGUUUUAAAAUCAACAAACUGUGUCACAUUUCACAGUUCAUGAAUAUAUCGAGACCUGAUGAUGGUGGAUGUGUGUUUUGCCGGCAUGGUUUGAUUUACACCACCAGAUGUCAGCACUGAGCCAUGUUGUCCUCUGCGCAACUGUAUUUAACCACGGUCUCACAUAACGGGGCGGUGACGUCAGAUGUCAACACCACGCAAACGUCUCUGUCGUCGCCAAUCAGCGUUGAGUCGGGCAGACUCUUGUAAAGAUGGCGACGGUGGAGCACGGAGGAGUGAAAACUGGACGCUUUACAGCUAUUAAACACCGUUGGUCCAGACAGCGUAUGAACUGACACGGCAGCAGGAGCGAAAGUCAAUCGACCCAUUUGUCUGCCGCAGUUCGCCGUUCGGUGCUGUGUGCUGUCCCUCCGGCCCUGGUUGUUUUUGUUUUCGGUCAGUCGUUGCCUUGGAGGACCGCUCAUUAGCUUCAACUUGGAGAGCCAAUGCUAGCCGACGGUUAGCCGUGUAGCCUCAUCGGCUGCUGGGAUCUUUUGCUCUACGGCGCUCGCGAAUCGAUAGCUCGACCAGAGUAAACACUGGGACUUGCAUGUAUCCACUUAGUCCACAAGUUUUCACCUUUACGGAGACGGCACCCAUGACUCGCUUGGAUUAAAAAGAAAACACUUUCGGAGGAAAAAGGGGGGCACCGACGAUCCUGGCAUUGCGACACUGUGGAGUGUCGAAGCGGAGUGAGUUUGCCGUCAUGUAUUUUCUAACCGGCUGGCCCCGGAGGCUGCUUUGUCCGCUGAGGAGCGAAGAGGAGCCCUUUCACAUCCAGCCCAGCUCCCAGAGGUUUUACUUCGCCGUACUGUCAGAGACCCAGCUCAGCAUCUGGUUCAGUCGGCCCAGUGUUUUGAUAGUCAGCUAUAUUGAGUCUGCAAAGGCGGCGGCCCAGUUUGGCUUCUACCAGAAGGCAGAAUGGAAACCAGACGACUCCAUGAUAGCUGUAGCCACUGCCAAAGGCUACAUCCUCCUGUUUGAUGUGCUGGGUAGAGGAGAUGACAAGUACCUCUAUGAGCCUGUCUAUCCAAGAGGAAGUACUCGUUUGAAAGUGACACCGGGUUAUAAGGAGGAGCAAUGUGCCCCCGCUUUGUCUUUAGAGAUGAAGAAGCCUGUGGAUCUGGAGGCCCCCAUCACCAGUCUGCAGUCCCUCCAGGAGGACUUACUGGUGUGCACCGCAGACGGCUACCUCCACGUGCUGCACUGGGACGGGUUAGGCAGCAACGGACGCAAGGCCAUCUGCCUCACUACAAUCCCCUUCUCUCUAGACCUGCAGUCGGCUCGAGGUGGUCCCUCCCUGGACCUGGAAGGAGUGUAUAUCCGUUGUAUGGAGUAUUGUGUGACCCUGGAUGGCUUUGCUGUGGUACUGAGUGACGGACGCCUGGGCUUUAUCACACCUCUCAGCAACACCAUCACUGCAGAUCAGCUGCAGGGCGUCUGGGCAGCAGACGUGACUGAUGGCACCUGCGUGGCUGUCAACAACAAAUACAGACUGAUGGCCUUUGGCUGUGCCAGCGGCUCAGUGCUGGUCUACAUGAUCGACACCACGACAGGAUCCAUGCAGCUCUCCCACAAACUGGAGCUCACCCCAAAACACUACCCAGACAUCUAUAACAAGACGGGCCCAGUCAAGCUGAUCUGCUGGUCACCUGACUACAGCGUAGCCAUGGUUACGUGGGAGUGUGGCGGCCUAUCGCUGUGGAGUGUCUUUGGAGCUCACCUCAUCUGCACUCUGGGAGAGGACUUUGCGUAUCGUUCUGAUGGUACCAAGAAGGAGCCUAUUAAAAUCAGCUCUAUGAGCUGGGGAGCAGAGGGCUACCACCUGUGGGUGCUCCCGAACAAACAGGAGAGGAGAAAGCAGGAGGAGCAGCAGCAGCAGGAAGAGGAGGAGAUGGGCCCACCACCUCACUCCUUCGUGCAGGCUGGAAUAUUACAGUUCCACUUCAUCAAGAGUGCCCUCACAGUCAACCCCUGCACGAGUAACCAGGAGCAGGUGUUGCUCCACGGUGAAGACCGCCUCUACCUGACCUGUGGUGACACCACGCAGGUCAACAGCAACUCUGACGCACACCCGCACACACACUUACACCUGCGCGACGGCAGCCCACUGCACCACCCCCCCAACCCCGACUCCUCUCUCUCUCAGGGACUCAGCACUUUACUGGGACACAAGCACUGGCACGUGGUCCAGAUUCACAGCACAUACCUAGAGAGCAACUGGCCUAUACGGUUCGCAGCCAUAGACACAUCAGGCCAGUGCAUGGCUGUAGCAGGGAGACGGGGCUUUGCACACUACUCCUUAUUCACAAGGAAAUGGAAGCUGUUUGGAAAUAUCACUCAGGAGCAGAACAUGACGGUGACGGGAGGUUUGGCUUGGUGGAACGACUUUGUGGUGGUGGCCUGUUACAAUUUCAUAGACCAGCAAGAGCAGUUGAGGCUUUAUCAACGCUCAACCAACCUGGACAAUGCCUUCGCAUCUGUCACCAAGCUGCACUCAGACACUCUGCUGCUCAACGUCUUCAGAGACAUGGUCAUCCUGUUCAGAGCCGACUGCUCCAUCUGCCUCUACAGUAUAGAGAGGAGGAAUGACAGUCCAAACCCGACAGCCAGCGUGGAGUUGUUGCAGGAGGUGUCGAUGUCUCGCUACAUCCCUCACCCUGCCCUCGUGGUCUCUGUCACACUCACCUCGGUGCGCACAGAGACUGGCAUCACGUUGAAAGCCCCGCAGCAGGCCUGCAUGGCAGAGAGCAUCAUGUUGAAUCUGGCUGGCCAGUUGAUCAUGUUGCAGAGGGACCGUUCGGGGCCCCAGGUACGAGAGAAGGAGACGCCUGCCAACAGCAAGAAGCUUCUACCGUUUUGUCCUCCGGUAGUGCUGGCCCAGUGUGUGGAGAACGUUUGGACCACCUGUCGCUCCAACAGGAAGAAGCGCCACCUGCUGGAGGCCCUGUGGCUGUCCUGCGGCGAGGCAGGCAUGAAAGUCUGGCUGCCGCUGUUUCCGCGAGACCACCGCAAGCCUCACUCCUUCCUCUCCAGGCGCAUCAUGCUGCCCUUCCACAUCAACAUCUACCCUCUGGCCGUGCUGUUCGAGGACGCCCUGGUACUGGGGGCGACCAAUGAGACGGUGCUCUAUGACGGGCUGCAGGGAUCCUCUGAACCACUGGAGGCGCUGUUCCCCUACUGCACCGUGGAGAGGACCUCCCAGAUCUACCUCCAUCACAUCCUGAGGCAGCUGCUGGUUCGAAACUUGGGCGAACAGGCUUUGAUGCUGGCUCAGUCAUGUGCCUCCCUCCCCUACUUCCCUCACGUCAUGGAGCUGAUGGUGCAUGUUGUGCUGGAAGAAGAGGCGACGUCCCGGGAGCCCAUUCCCGACCCUCUGCUGCCCACCGUGGCCAAGUUCAUCACAGAGUUCCCCCUCUUCCUGCAGACCAUCGUCCACUGCGCCAGGAAGACAGAGUACGCCCUGUGGAACUACCUGUUUGCUGCCGUGGGAAACCCCAAAGAUCUGUUUGAGGAGUGUCUCAUGGCCCAAGACCUGGACACAGCAGCCUCCUACCUGAUUAUACUGCAGAAUAUGGAGGUUCCAGCAGUGAGCAGACAGCACGCCACUCUGCUCUUCAACACAGCGCUCGAGCAGGGCAAGUGGGACCUCUGUCGGCACAUGAUCCGAUUCCUCAAAGCCAUCGGGUCUGGGGAGAUGGAGACUCCGCCCCCAACACCCACCACUCAGGAACCCAGCUCAACAGGCGGUUUUGAGUUCUUCAGAAAUCGCAGCAUCAGCUUGUCGCAGUCUGCAGACUCCAUCACUACUGGCAAGUUCAACCUGCAGAAGACCUUCAGUAUGCCCUCUGGACCCUCGGUUAAAGGUCGGGAUGUGGAGUGCGCAGAGAACAUGUAUAUCGACAUGAUGCUCUGGCGUCACGCCCGCCACCUCCUGGAGCAGGUACGCCUCCGCGACCUGGGAUGCUUUUCCGCGCAGCUGGGCUUCGAACUCAUCGGCUGGUUGUGUCGCGAACGGAACCGCGUGGCCCGUGUUGACGAUUUCGUUUUGGCGUUGAAGAGACUCCAUAAGGAUUUUCUUUGGCCCUUCCCUGUGAUCCCCGUGGGAAGCCUCAGCUCGCCCCUGAAGAAUGGACGGUGUCGCACAGUGCUGAGUACACGGCUCUUGAAGUCGCAGUCAGCUGAUAGUCUGUUGAACAGCGACAUGGACACAGUGCCCCCUCAGGCCGCUCCCAACAACCAUGCCUGGCUGGACAGGCUCGGGCAGGGCGCCAAAGACAUGGACACGGCCUCGUCUGCUCACUCCAACCAACACUCACCGCAGACACAUGAUGCAUUCCUCUCCCUGCUCACCAACAAAGUGGAAGAGUACAGCGUCGGCUCGGCCACAGACUUGACAGAGACCAGCUCAGUGGUGGAUGGUGAUUGGACGAUGGUCGACGAGAACUCCUCCACCCUGAGCCUGAGCCAGGCCGAGUUGGAGCACAUCUCCAUGGAGCUGGCCAACAAAGGCCCUCACAAGUCGCAGGUGCAGCUCAGGUAUCUCCUUCAUGUGUUCAUGGAGGCAGGCUGUCUAGAGUGGUGCGUAGUGAUCGGUUUGAUCCUGCGGGACACCAGCGUCAUCAAGCAGGUGAUCAGCUUCCUGGACAGCCCAGAGGUGCCUCAAGAAACUGUGCAGAGUGUACGAAGCGGAUUAUUGGCUGUUGAUGCAUGGGCCUCCACUGACUGCCUGGGAUACAAACCAUUUCUCAACCUGAUCCAGCCGCAGCUGCAGCUGCUGAUGGAUUCAGCUGCAGGCGAGCAAGUGCAGCCUGAGGCCUUCCAGCCCUCCAGCCAGAGCUCCAAGCUCGGUGCCUCGGAAGGGCUGGGAGGCGCUGCAUUGCCUCGGGCAGAGGACAGUAGAGGAGUAGCGGCUCCACUGGGACUAGCUCUGCCCUCCAUUGAACCUGCAGGGGGAUUUUCCCGUCCCCCCUCUGAGGACUGUCCACCUGAACAGACAGAGGAGCAGUUAGAGGAGGAGGGAGCCUACGACUGCACCUUGUCCUGAAGCCAGGAGCCUCCUCUGGGCUCUAACCUGGAGGGAGAGAGAGGAGGCAGCAGCAGCAGUGGCUUGAAAUAGACUUCUUUGUGUGUGUGUGUGUGUGUGUGUGUGUGUGCACCUCUGUGUGCGUGCCUGUGUAUGUGUGUAUGCACAGAAAGUACCUCUCCUGCAAGUUCUUACUUCAGUCAGUAUUAUCCACUCUUCAGAUUAGCCAGUUGUGUCGACUAGAGGCCCCGUGGAUACUGAGUGACAGACGAGCCCGACUGGCACAAAGACAUCGCAGCACAACCAGAGACAGGGUUCAGUCUGAUUGGCUCUAAACAGCCUCCUAAAUGUGCUGUUAGGUAAAAGUGAAUCUCUAUAAACAGAUGUCUGCACAUGAAGGCAGAAUCUGUAGGUGAGGGACGAGAUUUUGUUAGCGGAAGCGUUCUGGUUUCCAUUUAUGGUCUAAGUAGUUUGGACCAAUCAUAUUCGAGCGAGAUGUGGUUGCACGCAGGUAAACAGCCCAUGUGGAGAGCAAAAGAGGAGGAAUGCAUCGGCUGAAAUGCAAUCCAUGAACCCAUCAGCUGUCGUCUGACAAAGAUUUAUUAGCCUUUAUUGGCCUUUUUGCAUCUGUCUAUUCUGCUGGCUACACUGGAAGCCCCGAACAUUUGAUGUUGUCCCAAAUCAUCAGUAGCAGAUGGAUUCGUAGACUGUACAAAAGGCCACAUAAGUCAGUUUGUGCAUUAAUCCAUCAGGUUGUGGUGUUUGGAAGCUGUAGACCAGCGCAGGAAAGCACCAGGGUUUUUUUGGGUUUUUUUUUUUUUGUUUUUUUCUUGUUCCUAUUCCAAGACAGAUAUUUUAUGUGUGUUUAGCUUUUCUUUGGCACUCAAUCAAGUGCAAACUGGAGACUUUGAAUCGUGUGUUCUUUUUGUUUUCACUGUCCAGACAAAAAAAAAAAGCUCCAUUGUUUCUUUUGGUUUGAUGCAAGCAGUGCAAGAAUCAGUUGAAAGACAGAGGACCUGGGUGCGUUUGAUCACAGCGUCGCGCUACGUCGCUAAGCAAAAUGUCGAACAAAGCUCCUGUCGCGAACCAUUUCCAAGAUGCACUGAAGUGUGUCAGUAAGUGUGCAGGUCUGUUUGUGUGCACGAGAGGUGUUUCAUACUUUCAUACCUCAUAUGAUUUUAAAAUAUUUUGUGAUACCUUUUUCAAUAAUGUAACAGUGUACAAGAUAACAUUAUUUUUCUAUCAAUUACGCCUCGUCCCUCCCUGUAAAAAGUAAAACUCAUGGUAUGAAUUCUAUGUAAUUCUUGAGAAGUGAUGACCUUAAGAUUUCUAAGAAAGCGAUCUCUGAGAAGAAUCCACUGUUGCGAGUGCAGACUAGUUUCUAACCACUGAUCAGUACCUCUGUUCAUCCAUCUUUCAUGCUCUGUUGCCCCGUGACAACCCGAACGUCGAAGGAUGGCGCGGUCCCUUAUUUAAGACGUCGAGUCGGAUCAGUGAGCAGGUUUAAGGCGGUAGUGCUGCGAAGGGUUUGGGCAAAACUAUAAAUACCAAAUCAUGUGAUGCUUUAUGCAGCUUUUAAACACACAUUUGUGUUUUACUUUUUAUAAAGGGACAGUUCACCCCAUGAUCAAAAGUACAUAUUCUUGACUCUUACUUGUAGUGCUACUUAUCCAUCUAGAUUGUUUUGUUGUGAGUUGCAGAGUUUUGGAGAAAUCGGCUUUAAAGUUUUUUUGCUCGAGAUGUUCUACAGACCUUGUUGUGAGCAGUUUCGCAUAGGAACUGUUUUCUUUCUACCCAACUGCACUCGGAAAACGUUAUCACCAUGCAGAAGGAAGUGUGCAUCAGCUCAUGGACGAGUGCUCAUGUCUGUGCAGGAUGUAAACAUUAAUGGCAUCCUCCUCAGCUGGACUAUAAACAAAACCCUCAGGAAGAGCGCCAGGCUUUGAGGCCAGCUUACAUAGUGGCCAAAUGUUAUUACAACAUCACAUGAUGCACCAGGGUCCAUAAACACUUUCCCCAUAAGCUUACAUUGCUGUAAAACAAAUAUAUAUAUUUUGUUUUUUUCUCCCGCAAAAUAUGUUAUUUCACUACCCAAAUUCGAUUGAUACAGUCUGGUAACAUUUGGAAAGUCUGGAAGAGCCGCAAUAUCAAAUCACUUAUUCAAGUUAGCUGGUUGCUAACCUGGAAGUCAGAUUCUCCCUCUGCAAGGAGAUAUAGGAAAACAGUUCCUACACGAAAACGGCUCACAACAAGGCCUCUGGAUUAUCUUGCUGUUGGGGUCUUCAAAUAUAUUUUUGCUGGAAUUCUGCAGCUGGUACCUCCAAAUCUCAGCUGCUCACUCCAAAACUCUGUAGACGGAUAAAAAGCAGCACAGGUAUGAGGUAAAAAAAGAGGAUGAACUGCCCCUUUUUUAAUAGAUUCAAAAUUCGUUUCCUAUCGUCAGCAAAGCCAUCCUACUCUUUGACUUUGUACCUAUCCCCUCGUUCAGAGAGCAUCAUCUGACUCCUCCCUCAGAAGUGUUAACGGUGACGUAUCAGUAUCAUUUUAAAGCCAGGACGAGACGUAUCCUCGGCUGUGGUUGUGUGACGUUUUUUUUAAUGUGACCCUCGUCAUCAUCCGAUUAAGGACUGAUUAUAUUUCGUCCAGUUCAAUGUUCAUAUCACAUCCCUGAACUCGCUGAACGUGUGCUCCCGUGUGGGUUUCUGAGUGCGUGUACCACAUUGUAUUGACGUGUUUGGUGACUCUCGUCGCGUGCGAUUUGUUUUAAUUGUAUUAUUCCUCGUUAUUACAAUUAUUUAUUGGCAUUAUAUAUGAGUGGUAAUUAGCGAAUCGAUGCUCGGUUUGUUUGUUUGUUUUUUUUUAUGACUGACAACAGACUUUUCUCCCCCUUUUUAAGUUAAUCAAAGACGCAUAUUGGCUCUCUACCACAAGCACUAAAAGGUUCAUCACGGAUAUGUCAGUAUUAUAAUGUGCAAUGUAUUGAAAUGUUACUCAGCUUUAUUUUUAAUGUUCUCUACUUCUUUUGUGUGUGUCGUCCCCCCACCAGCUGUUUGCUUUGACUCUUCAUGACAGACCAAAUCAUGUUUUCUCGUUUUUCGCUCCCCUCGUCGGUGUGUGUACAAGAUGAGUCGGGUGUGGUUGGAAAAUUAUUCUUCAAGGUUUCUGUUUUAUGAAUUGCCUGUAUAGCCAGAACACUCAACUCUUCAUUAAAAAAAAAAAGGGCAUAAAUGACUACGCGGCACAGUGUUGUGCUGUCGCUGAUGUACCGUCAUCAACACGAAUCCCGUUUGCACCCUCCACUCUGAGCGAGCCUACAGCUACACUACGCUGCUGCGCUGUACGCUUUACUUGACUUGAAAACGGUAACACGAUGAACCAAAGACUUUACGUCCAGAGGCCUUCUGUUUUAACUGGUUGCUUCAUUUGACUCAUUAUGCAGAGAGGGAAAAAAACAAAAGCCUCACACACAAACACACCCCUGUACCCCCAACCCUACUCAUCAGAAACAUUGAUGCUACAAACUAAUGCUGAUGGCAUACGAGACAAUUUCCUACGGAAAUGAAUAUUGCAGAUGUUUUCUGGUUUUCUUCUCUGUUGGCGAGGAGCGGUCGGUCGGUUGGUCAGGUGUGUCAGCGCUCCCUCCCUCCCUCCUGUGUAUAGUUGUAUAAGUAUUGCCUGUUUCCUGACUCGGAGUUAAGUUUUAUUUCUAAGGCAGGAGCAGCAAACAUCCUCAAUGCAGUGUAAAGAUACUCUCUUGUACAUUUGCCUUUUCUACUCAUGUUUGGUUUUCUACUUCAUUUUUUUUUUCCCCUUGUACAUAAAGACCAAUAAAUUAUUUUUAAAAAUG